CAUGUAGCAGGGAUUACCUAUUGCAAUUACAGGGUCACUGUAUUUUCCUUAGCUUUGUUCUGUUGUGGCUGGAUCUGCUGUAACAGGUGGGAGAGGCAUAUAUUUCUUGUUUUUUUUUUUCUCCUCUGCAUCGUCAAAGAAAAGAAAGGGGGAGGGAGAAGAGCUUUAAUUGAACUUGGAAAUUGAAGUGAAAUUUAGUGAUGUCGCCUUGGGAAUACAAUGAAUAGGGGGUGAUGUAACCCUGUCUGCCAAAGAGGGGAAAUGAAAUGAAUUAUGCAGCCAUGUAAGAAAUGUAUGUAGUUCACGUCACAUGUGCCCCAAGUAUAAAAGUAGUUGUACAAUGUCUAUGUUUCUCUGGGUGUGGGAAACUUGAGGAGAGUUGUUCUAUUGUUAAGAAACUUGUGCACAGAUAGGCUUUGGCAUAUGCUCUAACCAACUUGCUGUGUGAUCCAUCAGCUUGCUCAAUAUUCCCUUAAAGAGUGUUGUGAAAGUUAACUGGGGAUUUCAAGAUUUCUACGAUGUAUGUAGUGAUUGCUGCUGCACUUUUUUUGUGGGUAGAGACAGGAGCUUACUCUGCACCCUGUGAAACGGUCAGGAUCCCUAUGUGCAAACACAUGCCCUGGAAUAUAACCAGGAUGCCCAACCACUUACAUCACAGCACCCAAGAAAAUGCCAUUUUGGCUAUUGAGCAGUACCAGGAGCUGGUAGAGAUCAACUGUAGCCCAGUGCUGAGUUUCUUCCUCUGUGCCAUGUAUGCACCCAUCUGCACCCUGGAAUUUCUUCAUGACCCUAUCAAACCUUGCAAGUCUGUGUGUCAGAGAGCCAAGGAUGGCUGUGAGCCUAUUAUGAAGAGGUAUAACCAUAGCUGGCCAGAAAACCUGGCAUGUGAUGACUUGCCAGUGUAUGACCGUGGUGUGUGUAUUUCUCCUGAAGCUAUUGUCACAGAUAUUCCAGAAGAUAUAAAGUGGACAGAAUUUACACAAGAUGUUGUAGUCCCGGAAAGACCUAGACUUAAUCAUUGCAAAAGUCAAAACAUGGAUCGUUGCAAGUGCAAAACAAUUAAACCUUCCUUAACAAUGUACCUGACGAAAAACUACAGCUACGUUAUCCAUGCAAAGGUUAAAAGUGUAACUAAAAGCAACUGCAAUGAAAUAACUACUGUGGUGGAAAUUAAAGAGACCUUAAAGUCUUCAACAAUUCCAAGGUCUCAGGUUCCACUUAUAACCAACUCAUCCUGCCAAUGUCCCCAGCUAUAUCCCAAUCAAGAUGUGCUCAUCAUGUGCUAUCAGUGGAGGUCACGAAUGAUGCUCCUUGAUGGCUGUAUCGUAGAAAAAUGGAAGGACCAAUUAAACAAAAGAAUCAAGAGGUGGGAACAAACACUACAAGAACAACAAGUGAAAACAACUCAAGAGAAGAUUAAGAAUGCUAGCCGAACAGGACGGAGCGGCGUGCCAAAACCAAGUGCUAAAAAUUCCAAUCCUGCCCAAGGGGAUCAAAAAAAGAACAUUAAGAACAAGAAAGAUCAGAAAGACAAAAGAGCAAAAGAAGUCUCUCUGACUGGAAAAGAAAGUGCCUCCGAGACAUCACAGACACAAACGAGGGGCUGACUGAGCAUUAUGGGAUAUUAUGAGGGCAUAGUCACGUUUUUUUUUUUUGCUUACUUUAAUGCCAAGCAAGUGGAAUUCAUAAAAACUUGAUUGUUUUACUUGUGUGCAUAUGUUAGACUGGACUGUAUUGUUCUGUAUUGUUUUAUUUGUUCUGUAAAGGCAUUUUCUGCAUGUUGGUAACCUUCAAAGAGAGAACAGAUGUGAAGAGGGGUGCUUAUAAAUCUGAUGUUACAGAGAUUUUUUUAUUUUUAUGAACAAGUUUUAUUAAAUCUUAACAAAAACAUAACAA